AUGUCCAUUUCAAAUUCGAUUUUUAUUCUGUAUUGUCGAAUGCAAAUUGUAAUAAUGAUCAUGGAUAUAUUUGUAGAUGAAACUAGUAAAAAUUCUCGUUAUGAAAAAGUAUGUUAUCUUGGUGAAGGUCAAUUCGCUAAUGUAUUCUUAGCUCAGGAUAAUAAUAGAAAUGGACAAUUAGUAGCUAUUAAAAAGGUUAAAGCAGGUCCACGUUGGGUAUUAGCUGAUGGCAUGAAUUUAUCUGCUAUUCGAGAAAUUAAAAUUCUUAAAGAAAUUGAUCAUCCCAAUGUUUUGACUCUGCUUGAUGUAUUCAGUCAGGAUAGGUGUAUUUGUUUGGUAUUCGAUUUUAUGUCAUCUGACUUGGAAGCUUUAGUACAUGAUCCAACAGUUGUUUUGAUACCAGCACAUGUUAAAGCUUUAAGCUUACAGCUGCUUCGAGGUGUAGAAUAUUUACACGCCAACUGGAUAUUACACCGUGAUUUGAAACCCAACAAUCUAUUCCUCAGUAAACAGGGUAAAGUGAAAAUAGGCGAUUUUGGUCUAGCUCGUCAAUUUGCCAGUUCACCUACUCGACCAAUGACACACCAAGUGGCUACUCGUUGGUAUCGUGCUCCUGAAUUAUUUUAUGGUUGCACUUUGUAUGGUGUCGGUAUUGAUAUAUGGGCUGUUGGAUGUAUUAUAGCGGAAUUUCUUUUGCGAACUCCCUUAUUUCCUGGUGACUGUGAUUUAACUCAGUUGGCCAAAAUAUAUGAGAUCACAGGGACACCAGAGGAUGAUACAUGGCCUGAUGUUUAUCGUUUACCUAAUUAUGUAAAAUUUGAACGUCGACCAGGCAUACCAUUCUCACAGAUAUUUACUGCAGCUAGUACGGAUCUUAUAAAUUUACUAGAGACUUUGUUAAAUUUAAAUCCAGAUGCACGUGGAACUGCUGCCAACGCGUUACAAUCAUCUUAUUUUACAUCAAAACCAUAUCCUACACCGGAAAAUGAAUUACCACAGCCUAAAGUUAAUCGAACUGUCGCUAGUUUACUGCAUCAACACGAGCACCAACGUGGUUUGCAUAACCCUCUAGAUCCUGGUCUAGCCAAACCAUCACGAUCAGAUGUAAUAGUUCCUAGUUUAAAAUUAGAAUCAACUAAUGUAAGUACACCAACGCCGACUGCAACUAAUCGUAAAACAACCCGUUCUUUGAAAAAAUCAAUGGAACCGGAUGAUUCAAUAUCACCGUCAUUACCACCUACAUGUGCUAAACGGUUACAUUUAUGAAAUUUCUGUGUAAUAUCUUCCAUUGGUUUACAGACACACAUACACACACGUAUUUUUGUACAUUAUCCC